AUGGCGGGCGGUUCGCAUCUCAAACGUCUGAAGUCUUCGCUCAGAGAGCAAGGCUUGACCGGACCCCAAAAGUCCAAGAAGCAGAAGCGCCAGAUUGCGAACGACGGCAAGGCGAAGAAUGACAAGCGCCUGAACCGAACCGAAGCCCUCAAUCAGAUCCGGGAGCAGUUCAACCCAUUCGACUUGAAGCAUAAUGCCCGGGGCCCCAAGUUUGAGGUGACGACCAAUCGCCCAUCUACCGGCAAUGCCGCCAAGGGAAUUGCCGGCCGUCCGGUGGCCUCCACGACUGCGGCCGAACAGCGGCGCCGGGACACACUCCUUCUCGAGAUGCAGAGGCGCAACAAGGUCGGAGGUAUCCUCGAUCGACGAUUCGGUGAAAGCGACCCCAACAUGGCGGAGGAGGAGAAGAUGCUGGAGCGUUUCGCCCGCGAGAAGCAGAGGUCCCACAAGAAGACGAACCUUUUCGACCUCGAGGAGGCUGAACCUCUGGGCGAGCUCACUCACGGCGGCGAGGCCUUGACCCUGGACACGCAACUGGUUGACGAUUUCGACGAGGAUGAUCUCGACUCGGACGAUGACGAAGGCCUGGCAGAGGCUCGCAAGCGAGCGCUCAAGCGCAUCCGAGAUGCCGAGGUUGAUGAGGAAGGGGAAGGUGGUGAAGGUGAGCCGGAGAGGAAGAAGAGCAAGAAGGAGGUUAUGGAGGAGGUCAUUGCCAAGUCCAAAGCCUACAAGUACGAACGACAAGUUGCCAAGGAUGAAGAUGAAGAGCUUCGCGGCCAGCUGGACAAAGAGCUCCCUGAGCUGCAGAUGCUUUUGGCAGCUCGCGUGCGCAAGAAUGUUCCCAAGGACGACAAGCCGCCUCAGCUCGUUGCAGGCAUGGAAAAGGCUGCGUUUGACAAGGACUUUGACCGCAGGCUAAAACAACUCAUCCUGGACAAGCGAUCGAAGCCCACCGAGAGGACCAAGACGGAUGAGGAGAAGGCGGAGGAAGAGGUGGAGAAACUCAAGAAACUGGAGUCUGACCGCCAAAAGCGCAUGAGGGGAGAGUCCGUCUCUGAUGACGACAACGAAAGCGAGGACGACAAGAUGGAAGAGGAACCAGCUGAGGAGCCAGCUUUCCAGUUCUUCACUGAGGACCCAGAGGAAGAUUUCGGUCUCGGAAAGGGAGUGCAGGCAUCCAAGGGGCGCUCGAAGGGGCGCCCGUCUGCUGAUGAGCUUGGAGGUGACGAAGACGAUUUCUUCAUCGACGAUGAUCUUGUGGCCAGCGGCUCCGACCUUGACAUUGCCGAGAGCGAUCUGGAGGAGGAAACAGAUUUAUCUGGCGACGAGCAAGAGGAAGCCGACGAGUCUGACGACGAGUUCACCAAAGGCCUUUUGAACGAGUCUGAAACUAGGAGUAACAUCUUCACCACGGGAGCGCCAGCGGACGGCAAAGUCGACGCCUCCGAUCUGCCAUACACCUUCCCUUGCCCUGAGACGGUCUCCGACUUUGUGGUGCUGGCCAAACAGUACCCGAUCGACAAGCUUCCAACCAUUGUGCAACGUAUUCGAGCAGUCUACCACCCGAAACUUGAUAGUCGGCACAAGGAGAAGCUGGAGCACUUCGCCAUUGCGCUCGUCGAUUACAUCGCGAUGGACCACAUCGAACUAGGCACGCCUUUCCAGGUCAUCGAACAAAUAAUGCGACAUAUUCACUCGCUGGCGAAGACAUUCUUCCCAGUUGAGAUAGCUGUCCGAUUCCGGCAUCACAUCAAAGAGAUGGAAGACCAGCGACCGCAAGCUCUGCAUACUGGUGAUUUGAUUCUCUUUACCGCCGUUGGCAUGUUCCCCACCUCGGAUCACUUCCACCAGGUUGUCACACCAAUGAUGUUGACUAUUGAUCGGUACUUGAGUUUGAAAGCACCGAAAACUCUCGACGAUUUGGCGACAGGCGCAUACCUUUCCACUCUCGUUCUUCAAUACCAAGCUUUCUCAAAGAGAUAUAUGCCUUCGGUUAUGAACGUUUGCCUCAACACCAUCGCCGCGGUAGCACCGCAGAAGGCUUCAUGGCCAGGGACUUUCCCAGUACACGAGCCUGCAGCGGAUGUGAGACUUUUGAGCACGAAGAAGGGCGCGAUUCGCAAGCUGAAGAUUUCGGACUGCACUCCACAGGAGCAGACGAAGGAACAGCGCCAAGAGCUCAAGCUUGCACUUCUCGCAUUCACCGAGACGUUUGGUCCGGCGCUGGAGAUGAUUUCCCAGCUCACGAAGCCAAAGAACUCGCAGCUACCUCCUACGCUGGUCGAUCAACUGGAGAAGGUAAUCCUCAAGCUCCGCAUCCUCAGCAAUUCAGCCCGCCUCGCGCGCCGUCCGCUUGAGCUUCACCACCAUCGCCCGCUUGCCAUCAAGAUGGGCAUUCCCAAGUUCGAGGACAGUUUCGACCCCAACAAGCACUACGAUCCCGAUCGCGAUCGCGCGGAGCUGGCCAAGCUGCGUGCAGAGCACAAGCGGGAGCGCAAGGGUGCCAUGCGCGAGCUCCGCAAGGAUGCGCGUUUCAUGCAGCGCGAGAACCUGCGGGUCAAGAAGGCCAAGGACGAGGCGUACGAGAAAAAAUACAAGAGGCUCGUGGCCGAGAUUCAGAACGAAGAAGGUCGGGAGGCGAAUGCAUACGAGAGGGAGAGGGAGGGCAGAAAGAAAGCGAGGAGCAGCAGGUAG